ACCCCUGACCUCCUUCAAACAGUCUUGCAAACACAUAGCAGACAGCCGAGUCGCAGCCAGCACUUCCCGCGAGUCGCGCCGGUGCUGUGACCCUUGUAUCCUAUUUCUGUGUCCGCGCGGCGCCCCUGUCGCUGCGUUUGCUUUUUGGCAUUGCCUGGCGAGAGGCUUGCCUAACAAAGGCUCCUACAAGGCUGCUACACGAUAAGGAAACGACUUGCGCGGCCUUUCCCGCGCUUGCUUCGGUCCGUCGGCGCUUGCUCUGCUGGUCCGUCCAGCACGCCACUGUCCGCUCGAGGCGUCCCCAGGCCACCGACUCAAGCAGCGGCUCUAGCUGCAACCGCGCUCUCCAUCCUUCACGCUAGCAACUCCAGCAGCACGAUGGAGCUGCUACCCAAAGCCCGCGCGGCCGGCGCCAGUUCCCCCGCCGCGGCCUCGGCCACGGCCGCCACCUCCCACCCCGGCGGCCGCUGGCACCAAUGCGCCGCCGCCGCCGCUGCUGCUACUGCUGCCGCUCCUGCUGCUGCCGCUCCUGCUGGUGCUGCUGCUGCUGGCAGUGGCGCCGGCCGCCUGCUCGGGUCGCGGUCGGCGCUGCACUCGGCGGCGGCGGCGGCCGCGGUGUGUGUCCUGCUGCUGGUGGUGCUGCCGCGCGGCGCAGUGGCUGACGGCGGCUGGGACGGCUGGAUUGUGGGUCGAGCCACCUACUACGGCAACGACGGAGGCGCUACCAUCGACCAGGGCAGCUGCAUGUACGGCUACCUGCCCAACGGCAUGGUGUCCACGGGUCAGGACAUCGCGGCGCUGUCGGACACCGACCCCAACUUCGGCGGCAGCUGCGGCCGCUGCUACGAGGUGCAGUGCAACCCCGCCUCCUUCAACGACGGCUACGGCCAGUGGCUGGACCGCAGCGGUGCCUGCUACAACGGCGCCGGCAGCGUCAUCGUCACCAUCACCGACUCCUGCCCCUGCCACUACCCCAACAACGCCUACAGCAACAAGCGCUGGUGCUGCGGCGACAUGCGGCACCUGGACCUCAGCUACAUCGCCUUUGGCAAGAUCGCCAACCUGGGUGAGGGAGUGAUCGGCGUCAAGUUCCGGCAGGUGUCCUGCCCCGGCUACUCGGCGCCCACGCCCCGCCAGAACUCGUGGGAUUUCUGGCAGGGCGGCAGCAGCAGCAGCAGCAGUAGCUCGAGCAGCAGCAGCAGCUGGAGCCAGAACUGAGAGAGCGGAAGGAAGCCGAGCGCUUCUGGGUGCUUGUGGAGCUAGAGUGUGGAUGGACCCAGGGCGGGCGGGCAUGAUGUGCAGCAGGCGAUGUGGAAUCGCGGUUGCGGGCGAGCGAGCGAGCGAGCCAGCGGGCGAGCGAGCGGGUGGUGUGAGUGAUUGUGGUGGUUGUCGCGAUCGGGCGCAAGGACGUGAUGAUGUGAGGCUGCGACGGACAGGCGUGCGUGCGUGUUUGUGUGGUGCCCAGAGGAGUGGGCGAUGCGGAAACACGUGUCAUCUUACGAAACAUGGCAUGUUCAUGUGCAAACAUGAUUAGUUAUGGCUGGCUGUGCGUGCCCGUGCGUGCUUGCGUGCGUGCGGGCAUCCAUGGUGUGCGCGGUGGUUGGGUCAUCGGUUGGGUGUGAGUGCGUGCGUGGCGAUGGUACUGCGGGCGGCAUGGUUGAGAGGCAUAUAUACCGCGGCAACCAAGGCGCCGGUUUGUCAGCAAGUACGGCAUCUUUAGGGAACGAACUUCAACUGAAUCACGCAAGCACGGAUAGAUGACACGGAUUUGUGUGUGUGUGUGUGUGUGUGUGUGUGUGUGUGUGUGUGUGUGUGUGUGUGUGUGUGUGUGUGUGUGUGUGUGUGUGUUUGGGCGCGCCGAUGUACUGUGGUGGGUGGGUGUGCUCCCCCUAAAUACGCCUGACAUAGGUGAAUAAUGCAGGAGUGCAGGAUGAGGACGGCAUCAGUGGGCGGUGCCUAUGUGUCUGCUCACCAGGUCAAGGCACAGUGGUGAGGCGUGGAGGUUUGAAAAGUGCUCGUCAGUAAUAGCGAGCAGAGCAGACAGCAGGAUGCACGGGCGGCAUUGCAAUACAAUCAAGGUGCAGGAUGUGCGUGAAGGAAGUUAGGCGGCGGGCACGCACGGGAGGCGGGCCAGCCAGGCAACAUGUUUUCGUGACGCGCGGAGUAAGGGUUGUUAGGAACGGUGGGCCGGCGGAACGGUGGGCCACACGGGAAAGCAAGGGGCGGAAGGCAUUUGCAUGUAUGCAUGCUGACGCGCACGGUAUGUUUUGCGCUCGCUGUUGCGCGCACACGCGCACGCACACGCACGACGUGUAAGACUGCAAUGGGGCUGCGGUUGGUCCUGCAAAUCAUGACAUGGUUAAACCUGGUUAAACCUGGCUUACACUGGAGCUGUCGGCAGGGGGACGGGGGGGGUCCGCCUCUUUCUGGGGCCCUACCUGGGGGGGCCCAGCUGGCAGUGCGGUGCUGCCCCCGCGCCGUGGACCCUCGGAAACGGCGCGGGAACGAACCGGCCGCGCGCCAACGGCCAAACGGCUGAACCCCGCGCCGCGGAGCACUGAGCUGCUGUUGCCUGCAUUUUGAUUGUAUCGCCAUUUUGUUGAAGUAUGUUGUGAUGGUGUGGCUGGUACGCGCGCUAGCUCACCGGCCGUUGUGCGCCAGGGAAAGGGCGGAAAUAGGCGGAAGCCGCAUGCAGGCGCAGCCCAAUUGCGCCCCGGCGGACACGCACGGCGCCAAAAUGUCGCGUUUUUCAAUUGAUGAAUCCCGUGACUCUCCAU